GUUAAAUUUAACACUCUAGCACUUUGCUAAUUCACACUAAUGGAUGGAAGAUUCGUUGCAAGUGACCAAACUUUGGAAACUAGUGUGGAACCAAUAAAAAGCAAGCAUAAUGCAUCUUACACUGUGGGCAAGUCCACUUUCUUAAGACUGCUGGGAAAAACCUUUCCAGAAUGGCAAAUGGCUACAGAACCUGUGGCAAAAUGGCAAAAAGUUCGAACUUCCAGUACCAGAGAGCAGACCUCAUCUUCUCAGAACUUUGGCAACCUGCUUCAAAUGGUCUAUCAGGAGCCUUCUCGGUGGUCCUAUACGUUCCAGACAUACUCCUGCAUGAGUCGACUUAAGGCCCAGCUGGAGCCCCUUUCAGAGAAGCUGUUGAAGACCCGGGAUCCAGUGCAGAUUUUUGAGAGAUCUGUAUACAGUGAUAGGUACAUCUUUGCUAAGAAUCUCUUUGAGCUUGGCCACCUCACUGAGAUUGAAUGGACCAUUUACCAGGACUUGCACACCUUCCUCGUACAAGAGUUUGGGGAUCGAACUGCUCUGCAUGGCUUUCUGUAUCUCCAGGCAACUCCAGAGAAAUGUCUGGAGCGGUUGCACCGAAGGGGGAGGCCUGAGGAGAAGGCGAUCCAGCUGGAAUAUCUGGAGCAGCUUCACACUCAGCAUGAAAACUGGCUAGUAAAGAAAACCACGGAAGUCCACUUUGAAAACCUAAGGAAUGGUCCAGUCUUUGUGCUUAAUGUCAAUCAUGAUUUUGAGGAUGACCCAGCAGAACAAGAAGAGCUCAUGAGGAAGCCAUCUGUUAUGUACUGUCCUAUCAGCUUGGACUGUUCCUGCAGCAAUUUCACCUUAUACUCUGAUCCGGUUUCAUCCCACAAGCUAAUCAGUCAGGCGAGGUCAGCAAUUGGACAAGAGAUUUCCAGGUGCUGUGUAUGUAUGCUAGGUGCAGUGUAUGUAUGCUAGCUACUGUCUCCAGCAUCCUGGCUUGGUAUUAAGAGAUGCUGUGCUGCUGGAGGUGAUGACUUAUAGAUAAGACAUAAAACUAAAAGCCUGAUUGCUGUGAGAUCUUCAGUGUCACACUUCUUGAAAGGCAUAGUUUUCACCUCUUGCCCAAGUGCCAUAUCAGGUAAUAACAUGCUAUCUGUGUAAAUUCCCACUGAAGUUGCUGUGGGAUACGAUUUUCCAGUUUCCUUCCCUAAACCAUAGCAUUUUUGUAAGCUGUUAAAAAACUGACGGGUUUCACCCCAGAAGUACUGUAUUUCAGUACCGGAGAAAAAUGAUCCCUCUGAAUAGUUUUAAAAACUAUAGCUCCUCUCAUCCUUGAGGAGCCUGAAUAAAUAGAGGAUGACAAUAUCACUUUUCUGAUCAGUGAAAAUACACUGUGAAUUCUGGCAGGAAGUCCAUAGUGGAGGUUUGUUUGUUUAAGAGCAGGAUAAUGUUUGUCCAUUUUUAUUAUUACUAC